GUGGAGCAGAUGGUGAAGUUCUGGUUCCAGUAGAACCGGGUCAACCGGACCAUCAGCAGGGAAAACAUUGCUUAGUUUGGCAGCAUUUUCCGUUUCCAGUUGGAAUGAUGAAUGAUGACAGAGUGACAGGCGACAUGUAAACCCUGCAAGUAGGUGAAGUUUAGAAACAUGAGUAUUACAGUAAACCUGAAAAUGGAAGAAAUGUUGCUGUUUGGGUCCCAAAUGGAACUCAGUGUUCCGGACUGGGAAACAUCCGUAGCUCGUCAGUUUGUCUGGGAAGGAUUCUCUCUCUCGUUGGUCUCUGCUGACCUUGGAGGAUAUAAAAGCUUCAUGCUGUAACUCGGCUCCUCUCAGCUCGAAGCUGCAGCAUCAUGACUAACUCUUCACAGGUCCUAUAUUUCACUCUGACUGCCUACUUUGACAUCGGGGGUUUGAAAUACCUGUACUUUAUGAUGGUUAUGUGUUUCUAUGUCCUGAUUGUCGGCUCCAACGUCCUGCUGAUCGCGGUGAUCUGUGUGAACCGGAGCUUACAUGAACCCAUGUUCCUGUUCCUCUGCAGCCUGUUUGUGAACGAACUGUUUGGCAGUUUGGGUUUGUUCCCCUUCCUGCUGGUCCAGAUCCUCUCUGACGUUCACAGGGUUUCUGCUCCGCUCUGCUUCCUGCAGAUCUUCUGUGUUUACAGUUAUGCAGCAGUUGAAGUUUUGAACUUGGCCGUCAUGUCUUAUGACCGGUACGUGGCCAUCUGUUUCCCUCUGCAGUAUAACUCCACCAUGACGGAUAGAAAGGUUGCGUUGCUCAUUGCCCUGACCUGGGCGUUGCCGGUUCUGGCCACUGUGGUUCUGGUGUCGCUCAGCGCCCCCCUGCGGCUCUGUGGGAACGUCAUCGAUAAGGUUUUCUGUGGGAAUUUCUCCAUCGUUAAGCUGAGCUGCUCCAACACCAGCGUGAACAACGUUUACGGUCUGGUUCUGACCGUCGUCUCCAUCGUCGCGCCGCUCGUUUUAAUCCUCUACACCUACGGAAAGAUUCUGGAGGUGUGUUUCUCUGCGACCAGACAGACGCGGCAGAAAGCCGUCAGCACCUGUACGCCUCACCUGGCCUCCAUCCUGAACUUUUCUUUCGGCUGCUGUUUCCAGAUCCUGCAGAGCAGGUUUGACCUCAGCAGGGUGCCUCCGCUGCUGGCCAUCGUUUUGUCGCUGUACUUCCUGACCUGCCAGCCGCUGUUCAACCCGGCGCUGUACGGCCUGAAAAUGGCCGCCAUCCGAGACGCGUGUAAACGUUUGUUAUGUGGGGAAAACGCGGCUGCAGCAGCAGCUUCUCCUGCCUGACGGCUCAUCUUCUGUUAGUCGUUUCAAAACUCAGGUUUCAUGUUUUUGGCUAAUGAAAUAUUAGAUAAGGAAUCAUUUUUAAUAAGUUGAUGCUGACAUUUUUCUCUGUAUUGAUGUUUCUUUGCUUUUGCGGAUGUUUUAAAACAGGGACGUCAAACUUAUUUUCAUUUCAGGUCCAUUAGAAACCAUGAAGGUCUUCAAAGGGCAGCUGUGGCAAAACGUUCUGAUAAAACUGUUAAACGGUACCGGGACAAAUUUUACAUUUAUCAUCAAAGUGAUUCAUAAACAGCUGUGGCCCUGCAGGCUCCAGACUGACAGAGAGAGAACAUAAAGGUCAUAUUUGUCCUUUUAAUUGUAUUUUAUUAGUCAAAUUAAAUCAGUUUGUGUUUUUAUGAAUUACUUGGAUGCUAAAGACAAAAUCUUUAAAGGUACCAUUUUAACAGCUGGCUAAUCGUUUUAUCGUUUUAUGUUUAAGGUCCGAAAUAAAAAACUUCCACACAAUAUACAGGAAAUGUUUGGUGACAGAGAGGGUGGUUAUGAUUUAAGAGGUGAAGGAUAUUUUAAAAAACAACAUAUUAGAACAACCAGGAAGAGUUUGUGUUUAUCUGUUUGGAAUGGAUUGAAUGAUGAGAUUAAAAAAAUUACAAAUGUAAACCAGUUUAAAAAAUUGAUUAAAGCAGAACUCAUUUCAAAACAUGCUAUAUAACAUGUUUAAUAGUUUAUAAUGUAAAUGAUUAUAUAAAUAGUACUUAAAAUAAUUGUACAUAGUUAAACAUAAUGAAAAAUGGAAACAAGUUGUCUCUUGUUGAUGUUCUGAAAGUU